GGAAUAAAGCAAUCGUCGUAUGGGUCUGGAAAAAAAUCAUCAAGACCAUCAGGUUCUCUAUCUACAAGUCCUCGAAAGUUCGCCGCUCCUCGUUCCGGACGUCCAUGGAAGGCCUACUCCGACAAAGAGCUUUCCGCGAUGGUGAAACACAUAGCAUUACAUCCCGAUUUGACAGGGGACAACCUAUGGAAGCGCUUCCACUGGAAGCCAUCCCAGCGUAGCGUGCCUGCAUACCGGGAAUAUCAUCGCGGGCAUCAAGAUUACUUUACCAAUGAAGUGAAGCGCUACAUGAGGACCGAGGGUGAAGAAGUGGGAAUUCAUUCCAGCAGCUCGUCUUCGUCUUCGUCUUCGUCAAGCGAGUCCGACGCUGGAGUACAUGGUAAAACCAGUGGCAAAGGGCUAGGAACCCAGCGAAAGCUUGCGCUGGGCAGGCGAACUGGACGAGGCCAUUCUCUCUCUAAGGAAGAGAUUCGUGCUAUGAAGGAGUUCUACCAGGAAAACCGACAUAAGUACCCUGAUCAUUCUGAACUAUGGGAGCGAUUUGCGGAACUCCAUCCGACCCGUUCUUCUGCGUCGUGGUCCGGCCAAGCCCUUCGUUCCGCUCAUCUAAUCGGGAUUCGUCCCAGUGGCAGUGUCGAGGACGACGACAAUAAACUUACCCAAGAGUCCGAGUCGGAUUCCUCAUCCUCAGGGAAGGCUCCUCGGUCCCCUCCAAAAAUGAGGAUGGGUCCAUUCACAGAGCAAGAGGAUGAGCUGCUCAGACGUCUUGGGCGAAAGUUGGGUUAUCCCCCUGCGAUUGAUGCGAAAGCAUGGGAUGGCUUCUGCAAUAACCAUCCGUCGAGGAGUAAAUGGAGUUGGCGUAGCCGUUAUGAGAGUCAGAUCUACCCGAACAGACCUGUCGAUCACAACAGCGUCUGUAACGGUGCGGAUACCCAGUCCUAUACACCAUCAAACUCCCCUCCUAGACGGCGGUCGGACCCAUCAUCACAUUUAGGCGCUGGAGGUGGAAGUGUUCGACUGGCCCUUAAAAGACUUCAGCCUCUGGAUCCGGUAGAUGCAGCCCCCAGCAAACGUGCACGUAACGAUAUCGUGUCAGCCUCGACAACAGCGUCUUCUCAUACUCAGAUUCCUGUUCCCGGAUCUGACACACCUUUUCUCACUGCGGUUGGGAACAAUGCUCCGCUAACCGGGAAUACCUCGCUAUCCCACUUCACUCACGAGGACGUUGCCGCCGCUAUCGUGUGGGUGGCUACCCGUCAACGCCCGAGAGAUUUGACCCAAAAUAUAGACAGCUGGAAGACAUUUGCGGAAACGCACACCUCCCAUAAAGCUGAGGGGUGGGUUCAGUACUACUAUAGCAGAUUCGACUUCUUCCAAGGCAUAGAGUACCGGAUUGACAAUCCUUGACCCUUCUUCCUCUGUUCUACGUGUCUGACGCCACUGGCUGCACUUCAUCUUUGG